AUGCAGAGCAUGAACAAGGUCGAGGUCACGAGAGGAGAUCAAGUUGUGAGGGUCGGUGCGGGAGCGCUGUGGCAGGACGUAUACGACGAGGCUGAGAAGCGGGAUCUGACGGUACUUGGAGGUCGCAUUGGCGUCGUCGGAACUGCUGGCUUUCUGACUGGAGGUGGAAUCUCUUUCUUCAGCCCAGAGCGCGGAUGGGCAUGUGACGGCGUCGUCAACUUCGAAGUCGUACUCGCCAGCGGGAAGAUUGUCAACGCCAACGCUACAUCGCACUCUGAUCUCUUCGCGGCGCUCAAAGGAGGGCAGCUCAACUUCGGUAUAGUCUCGCGCUUUGACUUGGCAGCCUUCCCUGCUGGUCCCAUCUAUGGUGGAAGAAUCGUAUUCGGGCCAAAUACCACGACACCUUUACUGUCUGCGUUCACCAAUUUCAAGAUCGGGGAAUAUGAUCCAUACGCAGCGGGCUGGGUCACUGUGCGAUACAACCAUACAGCAGCUACGUUCACUCCAGUGAGCAUCAUGUGGUACACACGGCCAGCGCAAAGGCCUGGGGCACUGAAGGCGAUUUUCGAGACCAAGCCACAAGUCAUAAAUGGCAUGGUUGAAGCUCCGAUCAGUGAGCAUACCAGGAAUGCAUCGAGACAAGUGGCUGCAAACCCUCAGCGCACCAUCUGGGCAACGACCUCUUUCGCCGUCUCACCUACGAUCAUUCAUCGCAUCCACAGUUUGUGGAAAGAAGUCGUCCCGGAGAUUGUGGCACAGUACGCCUAUGCUAAGCCUGUCGCAGAGAUCACAUUCCAGGCUCUUCCCGCACCACCUCGCAAUGGCACAUCACCUAAUAGCUUAGGCUUUCAACCAGAAGAGAUGCCAGAGAAGGAUCUGGUAUUCUUGCAGAUAAUCUUCACGUUUGAAGAUGUCACGGCAACCGAGGGGUUUGAAGAAGCUUUGAAGGACUUGGUGAAGCUAGUUGAAGGGCUGACGAAGGAAGAGGGUGUCUUCCAUCGGUACAAGUAUCUCAACUUUGCAGCAUCGUUUCAGGAUCCGCUGGGAAGCUAUGGCGGAGUUGAGUUGGAAAGGAUGAGGAAAGUGGCGAGGAAGUACGAUACAACGGGUGUUUUCCAGACGCAGGUGCCGGGAGGGUUCAAGCUAUUUUGA